AAAACCUAUAAGAAGGGGGUCACUAAAAAUAAUCCUAUUCUUUCUCACUGUUUAGGCACACUCAUUGUGCUCUCCGCCACUUCUCUAUUUGCAUUCUUUCAGAUCUAUUCCUCUCUCUUUCUUUCUUUUGCAUCCAUCAAUGGCUUCUAUUACAGGCUCAUCAGCUACCGCCAUGUCCUGCUCCUUCAAGGAACUUAACCGUGUCUCGAAUUUGAAGACAUCUUCUCUUUCAUUCAAGGGGAUUAGCUACUCUUCCAUCAGAGUGAAUCCAGCCACUCGUCGCCUCAGUAUUACUUGUGCGGCUAAGCCAGAGACUGUCAACAAAGUGUGUGACAUUGUGAAGAAACAACUGGCUCUUUCUGCUGGUACUGAAGUCUGUGGAGAUUCAAAGUUUGCUGCGCUUGGUGCUGAUUCUCUUGAUACGGUGGAGAUUGUCAUGGGACUUGAGGAAGAGUUUGGCAUCUCCGUGGAAGAAGACAGUGCUCACAGUAUUGCAACAGUUCAAGAUGCUGCAGACCUGAUUGAGGAUCUCAUUUCAAAGAAAGCUUGAGACUGAACUAAACUUUAGAACCUCAGCUAGUUUGCUUAUUAGGGUUAUCUCGUUUGGUUGUGUUUUACAGUUGAAGAUGAUGCAGUUUGCAAUAUUGAACUUUGUCUAAUUAAAGAACUCUGUUUCAUCAGAGAGGAAGCCUCGUGAGCUGUCUUGUUUUCGCCGAAUCCUGCAAUUAAAUCUAAAGAUAUA